GCAGUAUAAUUAUAAUAUAGUGCAACACGCAUCUCUCCCUCUCUCAUAGACAUGUAAAAAUAUAGUGGCAACAACCGCAUAAUAUUGCAGACAGAGAGAAGAAACCUUAGCCCACCAAUACGAAAUACCAAAACCUGAAAACGAAACAUAGUUGCUUGCAUGAUCUCUCAACCCUAAAUCAUUAAAGAAAUAAAACUGACCAAAUUCUCAUUUCACUUGCAUUUCCCUUGUUUUAUAUACAGUUUCUCUCAACAGGUUGAAGAUUGAGAUUUCUCCAGUCCAAAGUUUUUCACUCAGCGUGAUAUCAGAUUAGAUUUUUGGUUGCGUUUUCUAUACUUUUGUUCUCUUCAACUUGUGUGUAUCUUAUGGCUGAGCCAAGCAUCAGUCUAGCAGUGACCCCAACAAUAGCUGAGGCAGAUAGAGGUAAUUCAAAAAGAAAUUCUAUGGGAAAAUCAAGUUCGUCGGAUACAAGCAAGGAGAUUCUUCCUCACUAUCUUCGAGCUUCUACUGGUUCAUGUCAUGAUUUCUGUAAAUAUGGGAGGAAACAUGCAUUUGAAGAGAAGGCAAGGUGUUCCUUUCCAAGAAGGAUUAUAAAGAAACUACCAGAUGACCAAAGUUUGGCAGAGUCUCAGACAGAGGACUACAGUACAUCAGUGGUGAAGGUCAAAUCUAGUCCCAAUUCCAAAUCUCCCAGUGCUAAUAGUCCUGAGAUCAUCAAACGAGAGGUGUCAACCAAAUCAGUUGUCAGCCAAACUCCACUGUUCAAAGAAGUCCUGACUAAGAGGAUGACGCCAGCAGGUUUAUUAGCAAGGUCUUUUGACAGCCAAAGUUCGAUGUUAAGAGAAGCUCUGGCCAAGAAAGAAUCAUCAGCUGGGUCACCUCUGACAAAAUCAUUUGAUGGCCGAAGUCCAGUUUCAAGAGAAGUUCUGGCCAAGAAAAAAUCAUCAGCUGGGUCACCUCUGACAAAAUCAUUUGAUGGCCGAAGUCCAGUUUCAAGUGAAGUUCUGUUCAAGAAAAUGACAUUGACACAGGAAGUGUCAACUAAAUCAGCUGACAGCCAAGGUUCAGGGCCAAGUGAGAUUUGGAUGAGGAAGAAGACAUCAGCUGUGCGGAGGAAGGAGAAUUCAAAAAUCAAUUCAUCAACUAAAUUAGAUGGCGGCCAAGGUUCAGGGUCAAGUGAAAUUUGGAUGAAGACAAAGACAACAGCUGUUGGGAGGAAGAAGGAUUCAGAGGUCAAUUCAUACCCAAGCAUCACUAGGCAGGAUUUGGCAUCAUCUUCUGAAAAACCAGGGGUCUCUAUGAAACAAGUGUUGUCGAAAGCUAAAGAAGUAAAAUUAUCUGCAAAAUACGCUAGUACUUUGAAUCCAAAAUCGUCUUCGCCUGAUGCUUCAAGAGUUUUUGGUGCCAGAAGAAAUGGUGACAUCAAGAUCAAACGGCGUACAGGGACCUCCAAACCAGUUGCAAAGAAUUUACAAGCAUCCCCAAGGGCUUCAUUUUCUCCUAGAAGGUCAGUCAGUGGUGUUGCUAGAGGACUAGCAUCCCCACGAGCUUCAUUGUCCAGUAAACCUUCUCCUAUUAGAAUUGCAUGCCUGAAUGAAAAGAAGAAUAGGAGCUUGAAACUCACGCCUCAGACUAAAGAAAUUAAUGAUAAGCAGCACAAGAAUAAGAAUUCCCAUAAGAAUGCCGAUCCUGUUCAACCCGAUGGCAAACUUGAAGAAUCCAACGGUGACACGAUCCAGGAGAAAACGUUGUAUGUCAUCAAGGUGAAAGCUGACAACAAAUAUGUGGAGUCUGAUCACAAUGAGAAUGUUUCUGUCGAGGCAUCACCACCUCUGCUGUCUUCACUAAAGUCUCCAUCCCUCCCAAAAUCUAUCUCCUCCAUGUCCCAUAGUGAAAAAGAUGAAGAAGAGUCUGAGUAUACUGUGACAGAAGCAGAAGAUGACACUUCCUCUGAAUACGAUGAAACUGAGUGCAUUGAAGAGACAGAGACUUUGGAAGCAGAACACAGAGGGAGGAAUAGAAAGUCUGGGAUGGUUCUUUCUGAGGACAAAGAUGGCAACCCUGUGAAAUUACGUUUCAGGAGGGGAAGGGUGAUUGAUAUUCUGUCUGAGAAUAAUAGUCCAAGGAGGUUGAAGUUCAGGCGAGGAAGAGUGUUGGGGGAUAACCAAAAUCUCAAAGCUGAUGGCCGAAGAAGCUUCAAGAGGAGAGGAGCUGAUGGUGAUGUGAUUGACAGCAAACAUGAUUCAGGAAAAUUUGUUUUGAGGCAUCAAGAUGUUCAUGGAAAGAAAGAUGCGCAGGGUCUGUUUAAUAAUGUCAUAGAAGAAACAGCAAGUAAACUUGUAGAGACAAGGAAAAGUAAGGUUAAGGCCUUGGUGGGUGCUUUCGAGACGGUAAUCUCCCUGCAAGAUGGCAAACCCUCUGCAAAUGCUGCUUCUUGAAUUGGAAAUGACUGCUAAACUAAAAAUAAGAAAAAAUUUCUAAAAAACAAUUAAGUCUAAGUGAAUGCUUGGUCAUUAACAGUCCAUUGGUUUUUCAAAGGAUUGGUAGGAAAAUAAGACCAAGCUUGCACUGAUAAGUGUGGUUAACAAGCUUAUGAGUCGUGGAAGUGUAAAAACGAUUGCUUCGGUUGACAUUAGAUUGCGGAUAUAGAAUUGGACGGAAAUUCCUAUGAGUAUUGAUCUUGACAUGCCUAAUAUACAGAGUGUAUGCAUCUUCUUUUUUCAAAUUUGUACCUAAUAUGAUUGGAUUCUAUUUGUGGAUGAAACAAGUAUACUCGUGUAGUUUGACUUGCAAAAGAAAGCUGCAUGACAUGAUUUUUCAUCCUUCUAUAA